GUGUGGUGAUAAAAUUAAAUAGUCUUUAAUAGUUUUGGUUUUAAUUCUUCAAUUAUUUUUUGAGGAUUGAAGAUUUAGUAUGUUAAGAGUACUUUAUCGAUCCAUUUAUUUUAAUUUUUAUCAGGUUCAAUGGAAUGAUACACGCCAACCAAAAGGAACCAAAAGCGCGGCUUUUGCUAGUUACAUUGGAUGUAUUACUCGUCGGUUUGUUCCAAUUACCGUGGAAAAUUGGAGAUCAAAAGACGACAUCUUGAAAACUUAUAAACAAAAUAUUUGGGAUGAGAUUCAGAAAGCUUAUGUGAUAGGAGAUGAACGUCGCAAUUUUAUAAUUAGUGAAGCUGGAAAGUUGUUUAGGGCAUUUAAAGUCAAAUUAAGAAUUAAAUACCUAAAAGAUAAGGAUGGUAAUGUUAAUAAAAAACCGCCGGAAAAAUAUUCUUACAUAACACAAGAGCAAUGGGAUAAGUUUGUCGCUCAUUGCACGAGUGAUGAUUUUCAGAAACUUAGUAGUGAAAAUCGAAAGAGAGCAUUAAAUCCUCUAUAUCCGUAUAGAAAAUCACGUUUGGGGUACGCUCGUCUUGAAGAAGAAAUGAAACAAAAGUCAAAUGAAGAGAGAAUACCCCGUUUUGAGUUGUGGAAAGCUGCCCGUGUGAAUAAGGAUGGAGAUAUUGACAAUGAUAAUGUUCAAAAAAUUGUGGAUAAAUGUGAGGCAUUAACACAGUCUUUAACUGAAGAAGAGAGAGGAGAAGACCUUGGUCGUAAUGACAUAUUAUUUCAGGCAUUAGAUCUUCCAGAGUACUCUGGGCGUGUGAGGAGUUAUGGUUUUGGUGUAAGUGCUAAAGACAUAUUUCCACGUCAAGCCCCCCCUACACAAGCACACAUUGAUAAAAUUUAUCUCAUGUUCAAUACAUUGACUAAGAGAUUGGAGACACUAGAGAGUGAGAAAUUAGAGAGAGAAAAGAAAGAGAGGACACAAGCUGAUGAAAUAUCAGAGAGACAUGAAUCUGAAAAAGUGGUUGAGAGGCAACAAAGCAAAGAAGUGGGAAGAAUGCGAUCAAUAGAUGAAAUUGUAGAGAGGAAACAAGCUGAAGAAGUGGGAGGGAGGCGAUCACCUGAUAAAGUUGUAGAGACACGACAUCCUAGUGACAAGGAUUCUUGCAACCCUGGUGCAGUUGAUAGCAUUCCAAAGGGCAUCUCUUCUAUCAAUAUGUAUCUAUCAUCUCCAAAUCGACAUUUGGUUGCUCGUGGGAAAUUAUAUAACAUUGGUAGUGAUGUCGUGCAUGGCAUAAAAUUACUACCCGGAUAUGUUAAAGUUAUGAUUGAAGUUCCUAUUGUGUCAGAUGCUCCACUGCCUAUAUCUGUUGAAUAUGGUGAUGUCUCGAUGGUUGGUCAGGCAAUAGGUACAAUCGUUCCAUGGCCAUUUAAAUUAGUUGACUUUGUUAAUGAAUGUCAAAAGAUACCUCGUAAAUUUCAAAGAAAGGAUAAGAAUGUCCAAUAUAGUGCUGAAUCAAUUGCAUCACCAAUCAAAAAUUCCGAAAAUCCAAAAAUUCAAGAGUUGCCAUCUAAAGUUGGGGGUUCAACUAGUUCUUCUACUUUACAAUUCCUUGAUAUGUAUGUAAAAAUGAUGAUGAAGCCCGAGUCGGUAAUUGAGAUAACCAUGGAGAAAAAUAUAUUUGGUGAGGAAUUUCAAGAGCAUGUACAUGUGGAGAACAUAAAGGAACUUAUUGAUCACAAGUGGUUAAGUGCUACUGUUAUUACAAUAUAUGUCAGGUACUUGUAUGACAAGUUCAUUACUCCGAACGGAUUAGUGAAUAAGUUCUCAUUCAUAUCUCCAUAUGUCUCAAGUGAUGAUAAAGAAGGUAAAAACAUAGCAAAAUUACUCUUGAUAAAUAAAGAGUUCAAGGAAAGGAUGAUUCUUGCCCCUUAUAAUUUUGGGAAUCAUUGGGUGUUGCUUGUCAUCAAUCUCAAUGCUGAGAUUAUAUAUUAUAUGAAUUCGGUGAAUGUUGAGCAUGAUAACUAUCAUGAUUUAAAAAUGAAAUUUGAAAAGUAA